AUGGUGCAGUAUAUCCAUACGCCUUGGCGGGACCGCAGCGAGCUACUGCGUGUUCGUCAGCAGUUUUACCCAGCUGGAACUGGCAGCACAGCCGAUUCCCGUGACGAGGAGCGUAGUGGUGAGAAGGGAAGAGCCGAAGAGGCGGCGAAGCAGCACGCCGUGUCGCGCGUCUCCAUGUGGAUGCAGCGCGGCGGCUGUCCCCACUUGGUCGAGUCUACCGCUCUGCUCGUCGCCGCCCUCCUAAGCGACGUCCGCGAGACCAGGGCUACUUCAUCGUACGCUAUUCGUGCCGCGUACGCCGCAGCUUUUAGUCGCUUUGUAACUGGUCUCUUAGACAGCCAGCAGGACAAGCAGCGCAAGAUGAGCAUGUACUCGAUCGCCAAAACGAUCGGGCUGCCGGCGACUUUUGUCGAGCUACGGCACCAAGCUACGCAUGAACAACUGCCUUCCCUAACAAAACUCAGGACUGCGGCGAAGAAGGCGCUGGUCUGGAUAUGGGACUACUACUGGAAGAAUCUGCCGGGCGAGGACGUCGGUGCUGGUGAAGACAAGCCGAAUGCUUGCCGGAGUUUAUUAUUAAGGUAUCUAGGUGAGGACGAGACGGCACAGACGAAGAUGCUGCAGAAGCAGUUGAAGCAGUGGGACGAGACGGUCUUGCUGCAGAACCUGGCGGAGAUCGAGGAUUCGUCCGAGGACCCGAAGAUCAUCUCCCGGUGUCUACGGUUGUCGCAAGCUAUACUUGACGGAGACUUUACGUCUUCGUCGAUUGUGAAGAAAGACGCGGAAAAUGUGGCUCCUGCGAGGACGUUGGAUGAUGUCAAGGCCGAUAUACAGGCAUUAGACGAGGAACUUGAGGCGGUAGAGAAUGUUGGCAGCAUAUCUGAAGCUGUUGAAAUACCUACGCAGAUGCCAUCGAGUCAGGUAAGGGGGUGGUCGAGAUAUGAAGGCCCGUGGAAACCGAAGCCGAUCGGGGUUGUCACCUCGACCGCGGCUCUUGCCUUCACCCGCAAAAUGCAGAUCCAAUCAAUUCCUAUGUGGACGGGGACGAGCGACAAUUACGCCUAUCUCCUCGUCGAUGACAAGUCCAAAGAUGCUGUCAUUAUCGACCCCGCGCAUCCCGAAGAGGUUACGCCAGUCUUAAAGAAGGCUAUUCAGGAUGGCAAGAUUAAUCUCACAGCUAUCGUAAAUACACACCACCAUUGGGACCAUGCAGGUGGAAACGACCAACUUAAAAGUGAUCUAGGCAUUCCAAAUCUCCCUAUCAUCGGGGGUAAGGACUGCCAGAGUGUCACACAGACCCCUGAAAACGGCAAGGUAUUCAAGCUCGGGAGCAUUGAUGUGAAGGGCCUUUACACGCCGUGUCAUACGCAGGACAGCAUCUGCUGGUAUGUAAAGGACGGUGACGACAAGGCCGUCUUCACCGGAGAUACCCUGUUCCACGCAGGCUGCGGAAGAUUCUUUGAAGGCAAUGCAGAGGAAAUGCAUACAGCCCUGAAUAAGACGCUGGCUUCCCUCCCGGAUGAUACCAAAGUCUAUCCCGGUCACGAGUACACCAAAUCGAACGUCAAGUUUGUCGUCUCGGUCCUGCAAAACGAGGCUAUCAAGAAACUACAAGCGUUCGCGGACAGUAACAAGGAAACGCAAGGGAAAUUUACAAUUGGCGACGAGAAGCUGCACAACGUGUUCAUGCGAGUAGAGGAUCCCGAGGUCCAGAAGGCUACCGGUAAGACAGAUCCCGUGGAGGUUAUGGAUCAGCUGCGGACUAUGAAGAACAACUUCAAACCACCACCCGAUAGUAAGAUUUAA